AUGGAUAUCGGUAUGGGAGUAAACGAAAGUCAUCUCAAUUCAAGCAUGGACGCGUCAGCCAUUGUAGGAAUCGGACUGCUAGUCUACACGUUUUACGUGUUUAGACUAGUUAGAUCAUUGCCAUGGUUAAGAUUGCAUAAUGCAUCAUCACGCAGCAAUUCUUUUACGAAGAAUGGACCACUGCAAAUAUUCGUGUUUCUUGGAUCUGGUGGACACACUGGUGAAAUGUUACGCAUUUUGGAAAACUACGCACCAACACUUAUGAACAAUGGGUGUACCAUUCAUGUCGGUUACUCCGAUAAUGCUUCCAAGCUUAAAUUUGAAUCAUUUGCCAAAAGUAGUAUCGAUAAAAAAAGUGGCAGUAUUCAUGCAGUGAAAUACUACGAAUUUGGCAAGGCAAGAGAGGUUAAUGCAAGCAUUUUCGAGUCCAUUGGGACCGUCAUUGCAACGCUUUACACCUCACUAUUGCAUGUGCUAACGAUUCGCGCAUCUUUGAGGAGUAAACCUCAUCUGAUACUGCUAAACGGUCCCGGUACAUGCUGUAUUCUAGCAUUGUGGUUCAAGAUAUGGGAAAUUUUGGACUUCACCACUAGCGAUUCUUCCAACAUGGUCUACGUAGAGUCGUUGGCAAGGAUCAAUACGCUGUCGCUGACCGGUAAAAUACUCUACUACCUGAGCGACAUGUUCGUUGUGCAAUGGCCACAACUCUCGGAAAAAUACCCGAGAGCUAAAUCGUUUGGUGUACUUACGUAG